CAUUACGCCUGCGCUAUGCCAGCCACGCCUCUCGGCCACCGUCCCCGGAAACUCUUCCUUCCUCCGCGGCCUGUGCCCACAGCUGAGGUCGUUGGAUCCCUGCCUCUCUAGGCCAGCAGGGCCUCUCCUCCAUGGUCCUGUCAACACUGUUUCGGGAACCAGCAGGUGAGGCCAGACCACGCUCGGACUCUUCGAGCCUCUAGUCUGUCACUGGGGAUGGCGGGCCAAUUCCGCAGCUACGUGUGGGACCCGUUGCUGAUCCUGUCACAGAUCGUCCUCAUGCAAGCCGUCUAUUACGGCUCGUUGGGCCUGUGGCUGGCGCUAGUGGACGGGCUAGUGCGAAGCAGCCCCUCGCUGGACCAGAUGUUCGAUGCGGAGAUCCUGGGCUUUUCCACCCCUCCAGGCCGGCUCUCCAUGAUGUCCUUUGUCCUCAACGCCCUUACCUGUGCCCUGGGCUUGCUGUACUUCGUCCGGCGAGGGAAGCAGUGUCUGGAUUUCACUGUCACUGUCCAUUUCUUUCACCUCCUGGGCUGCUGGUUCUACAGCUCCCGUUUCCCCUCGGCGCUGACCUGGUGGCUGGUCCAAGCUGUGUGCAUUGCGCUCAUGGCUGUCAUCGGGGAGUACCUGUGCAUGCGGACGGAGCUCAAGGAAAUCCCCCUCAACUCAGCCCCUAAAUCCAAUGUUUAGAGUUGGGCCCUUUGGAUACUCUGCUGGCACUUGGGCCCCCCCGUUACCUUGGGUUGCUCAGACUCUUCAGAUGAGGUCCAGCCCACAUCUGAGAGGAACCCUGGAAAUGUGAAAUUCUCUGUUGGUGUGGGAGAGACAGUGAGACCCUGUCAAGAAGGCAGGUAGCAGUCAGGAUGACAGCUAUCUUCUGAAGCCUUGGUAUCUGGGAGGUCAGGAAAGUGACCUCUUUAAGGGUAAUAACAGAAUUGGAACCAUGCCACUCUUGAGCCACCAUAACUGUCACCAGCCUAUUGUUUUUUAAAAGAAAAAAAUCAAGGAUACCUGAUUGGAGCAAACCACUCUUCAGAUCAUCUGUCUUACCUCCCUGGGACAGCUGUUACCUUUGCCAUAUUGCCGAACCACAGCAGUUCAUUUUGGAGAAACACUUGGUUUCCACAUCCAUAGCCACGGAAAGAAAUGUAGGUAUAAUGUAUUAGGCUGCUGUCAGGGAGAGGAUGGCAGAUGGAGGCAUCAAGCACAAGGAAAACGCACAACCUGUGUCCUGUUACAUGCAUGUGAGCGUGCAUCCAAGAACCAUGACUUUCUUCCAGAUUACUCUACUAAGUCCCCACCCUGCUGCCAGUUCUCAACAUAGCAGGCCAUAGGACCCAAAGAAGAAUCCCAGCAUCACUCCUGUUUUAACCCUCAUCAGAGAGACAAUGCCUGUUCUCUAGUAUUGACCAGGCAACCCAGCUCCCAUUGGACCUUGUUCUUUUUCCUGCCUUAUUUGAAAUUCUGUGGUGGGAAGGCAGGGAUGGGUACCCAGAGACAAGAAGCCCAACCUUCCAACCUGGGCUGGACUGCUAAUGGACUGAGGGAGAUAGGAAUUUGCUGCUAAGAUUUUUCUUUAGGGUAGAGUUUCCUCUUAUAAGGAGCUUGCAGCUGUCUUUCCUAUGUACCUAAAUACAGUAUUUUCCACG